UCCGGCUUCAAUUCUGAUAGUCAAAGUUUUGUGCCUCCUUUUUCAACUCAAAAUCUCUAUCUUUCAAGCACUUUACCUCCCAAAAGGGCCAAAACCCUUUUCGUCAGACUUCAAUUUCCUUGGUAUUGAAGCUCUCUAAUAUUCUUUCCCUACAAGCUACAAUUCCUCCAAAAAUUUUCAUGCCCCAAACCACACUUCCAAUUACUCUCUUCCAUUUCUUUUAAUUAAAAACAUGGAUACAAUGAAACCCAAAUCAGCCUUCAACAACAAGAGCAAACUAGCUAGGACUUUCCAAAAGGUCAUUAACCUCAGAACAGCCACAAAAAUUGCCUCAAACAAUGGCAUUUGCUUACUCACUUCACAACCCAAAGUCAAGGAAGAUUAUUUCACAGAUUGUAAUAAUAAGAAGAAGUCCCAGCAAUUCGACAAGCACAAUGAAGAAACCAAAGCUAAACAGAGAGCAGUGUUUGAAGCUUUGGUGGCUAAGCUUUUCGCUGGCAUUACUUCGAUCAAAGCUGCUUAUGGUGAACUACAAAUGGCUCAGAGUCCGUACAACAGUGAAGGCAUUCAGGUCGCGGACCAGGCUGUGGUGGAUGAGCUGAAAGCGAUUUCUGAGCUCAAGAGAAGCUUUUUCAAGAAAGAACUUGAUCUUUCACCGCAAGUCACUCUCAUGCUCGCUGAGAUUCAAGAGCAACAGAGCUUGAUGAGAACUUACCAAAUCACCAUCAAGAAGCUCCAGAAUGAGGCAGACCACAAAGACUCUGACAUUUCUUCGCUUCAAAACCAGCUCGACGACUCGGUUUCAUUCAACAAGUCCUUAGAGAAGAGGCUAAACGCAACUGGGCCUCUGUCAAUGUUCGAUAAUCUUAAGCUUAACAAGCUCAAUGUCACGCAUUUUGUUCAGUUCCUCCACCACACACUAAGAUCCACUCGUAGUUUCGUGAAGUUAAUGAUUCGAGAAAUGGAAUCAGCGAACUGGGAUCUCGACGAAGCAGUGAAAUUCAUCGAGCCAGACGCUGUUUUCACAAACCCAAAUCACCGAUCCUUCGUUUUCGAAUCCUUCGUUUGCAAAACCAUGCUCGAAGGUUUCAACUUCCCUCACUUUUCACCGAGCGACACUCACAAUCAUCAUCAUCAUCAACAACAAAAGCAACAAGAACAACAGGACAAACAUCGCAGCCGCCUCUGUUUCGACAAGUUUAAGAAGCUCACAAACGUUAAUCCGAGGCGCUACCUCUUCGAGAACCCAAACUCUUCCUUCGGGAAGUUCUGUCGGGCCAAGUACCUAAACCUCGUACACGCGAAAAUGGAAUGCUCUCUGUUCGGUAACUUGAAUCAGCGAAAGGUCAUAACCUCUGGGGGUGUCCCCGAUUCAUCUUUCUUCGUAGCGUAUGCUGAGAUGGCGAAGCGCGUGUGGCUUUUGCACUGCUUGGCUUUCUCGUUUGAUGAAGAGGUAACAAUCUUUCAGGUAAGGAAAAAUUGUAGAUUCUCUGAGGUCUACAUGGAAUGUGUGGCUGAAGAUUCUAUGUUCUUGUCCGGUGAAAUUGAUAGCGGUGGUGAUGGUAGUUGCAGUAACAAUGGCGAGCUUCGAGUGUGUUUCACAGUUGUGCCAGGUUUUAAGCUCGGAAAAACUGUUAUACAAAGUCAGGUUUAUAUGUUUCCGGCUAUUACUAGCAACUAGCUAGUAGUCUUAGUAUUUCCGGCGAGCGAGUUGCUAAAGAGUUUUGUAUAAUGUCAAAGUUAUUACGGUGGUCACGCGUUUAAUCACACGCUGCAAUGUCAGAUUGGGGGUAAAAAUCUAAAAAUGUUUAGUCUUUGCUAGUUCUUUAUAAUGGCCAAUUAUGGGUCAUAUUAGAUGCA